CUAAGCGCCCCCUUUGUGCCAAAACCGCGAAAAUGGCGACCAUUUCAAACCAAUGGUUCAGGUUCAGGUUCAGGCAACUGCCACCGCACAUUCGAAAGUUUCGACCAUCGUAUUACUCUGUUUCUGUGUCAUGCUCUCUCGCCGAAGACUUGGAGCCCAACACAAGCUCCAAACCCAAUUCGUAUUUCCCAAAGCGUGGCCAGACCUUGGAAUUGGUCUGCGAGUCACUCGCUUUCAAAGGCAAGGGCCUCUGCAAGGUCACCGACACUGGCUUCGUCGUCAUGUGCGACCGUGUCCUUCCCGGCGAGCGCUUCCUCGGCCGAGUCACCCGCAAGAAAGGCAAUUACGCUGAGGUAACUAAGUUGAAGACGAUAACUCCUCCCCGUGACAUUGUGGAUGCUCCUUGUGAGUAUGCUCCUUAUUGUGGGGGAUGCAAGACGCAAAACUUGUCUUAUGAGGCUCAGCUUAGAGCUAAGGAGGAGCAGGUUCGUGAAUUGUUGGUGCAUGUGGGAAGGUUUUCUCACGGAGAACUGGAAUCAAACGGCAUUAUGAAGUCCAUUGUUCAGUGUGAUAUUCAGUUUCAUUAUAGAAACAAGAUGGAAUUCUCAUUUGGUCCCCACAGAUGGUUACCUAAAGAAUCACUGCAUGAAAGACAUGCUGGUAGUGAAAAUUAUGCACUUGGAUUGCAUGCUCCUGGUUUUUUUGACAAAGUUCUGAAUGUUGACAAGUGCUUACUGCAAAGUGAUCCUGCCAAUAAGGUUCUUGCAGCUAUCCAAGAAUGUUGGAGAGAUCCACAACUCGGUUUUUCUCCCUAUGAUGUUCAUUCACACUCAGGAUUUCUUAAGCAUUUGAUGUUGAGAACUGGAAGGGAUGUAACGACUGGUCUGCCUGAAGUUAUGGUCAACUUUGUGACCUCUUCCUACAAGCCAGAGCGGCUACAGUUUCUAGUUGAUAAAGUUUCUGUAUUUCCUGAAGUGGUAAGCGUCAUGAAUAAUGUAAAUACUUCUGUUGGUAACACAUCUGUUGGGGAGGAAGAAUACACUUUGUAUGGGAAAUCUAGCAUUACAGAGACCUUAAGAGGGAUUACAUUCCAAAUAUCAGCAAACUCCUUCUUUCAAACAAAUACUUAUCAGGCUGAGGUUUUAUAUAAGCUUAUAGAAGAAUGUGCUGGAGUCAGAGGAGAUGGCUCAGAAAUUGUCCUUGACCUGUUUUGUGGAACAGGCACCAUUGGUCUGACACUUGCAAGAAGUGUAAAACAUGUGUAUGGAUAUGAAGUAGUUCCUCAAGCCAUCACAGAUGCCCGACUUAAUGGCAAGAUAAAUGGCAUACAAAAUGCAAAAUUUGUCCAAGGGGAUCUCAAUAAAAUUGAUGAGAAUUUUGGGAAGAAUUUUCCUAAACCUGACAUUGUCAUUUCAGAUCCCAACCGCCCAGGAAUGCACAUGAAGUUGAUUAAAUUCCUCCUAAAUCUUAGGGCGCCUCGCAUAGUGUAUGUGUCAUGUAAUCCUGCCACAUGUGCACGUGACCUUGAUUAUCUGUGUCAUGGUGUGGCAGAGCAGAAUAUAAAAGGAUGUUACAAGCUAAUAAGCAUACAGCCUGUUGACAUGUUCCCACACACCCCUCAUAUUGAGUGUGUUUGCCUUCUGGAGCUUUAUUAAUCUGUGAUCAAUUAAACCUUUCCAUGUCAAGGUCGGACUCCAUUUCCUCUCUGCUACAUCUGGGAUUACUUUGGAAUUUGGACCUUGGAUGUCUGAUGAAUUUUGAGCGACUGGUUUGUAUGAAACAUCUGAUGCACCAAUUCAUUUGGAUUAGAUUUGGGAAAAGACCAAUUAGUUUGGGACAAAGGGGAUGUAUGUUGUUGGGAAAAGAACAAGCGAUUAUCAUAACACUUAUGCGUAAUUUCUUGUCAAAUAUGGCUGCCAUCUGUAAUUAUAAUUUCAUUAUGAAAACAGAUGCAAAGUGCAGAAUUCAAUGGAUAACUGCAUUCUGGAUUUAUGUUGUCCAGCAGGAUUAACUAUAUGACUCGCAUCCAUGGCUAUAAGAAACUGCACUAAAAAUUACAACAUCUUGUCCUCUAUUUCUUUUCACAACGCAGCAUGGUUACCCUAUUGUCAAGACUCUGUUAAAGGGCCUCCUGCAGCUAAUAUAUUAAUGCAGUCAUAACUCAUAACAACAGUUCACCUCUGUAAAAUUACCUCUUGCUCAUUGGGACAUUGGGACAAUCAGCACUAAUUCAAAUUUUGUUUCUCUACAGUUCUACUUUUAUUUGAUUGUUUGUU